AUGCAAGACAACAAAAAAGUCAUAGGGCUCCUCCCAAGUCUUUACAAAGAAAACUGCGAGCAGCACUUCCCUACAAACAAAAUGCACUCUUAUCGACAAAAUUCAGUUUUUUACGAAGAAUCUUGCAGAGGAGUUUUAAUCGAGAAUUCCAAUUGUAUUUUAAAAAAUUUCAAUAAAAUUACUAAAAAAGGCUCAAAUAUAAGUGUCUCUGAGGCAAGCACUAAUUCAACAGUUUCUAUUAAUAAAAAGCGGACACCAAGUGUGAAUCCAAGAAAAAAGAAAUCAGAGACCUGUAUUUUUUCCAUAAUAUACUAA